AUGGGUAUUAUUGAUAAGAUUAAGUCCAUAGAGGAGGAGAUGGCUCGGACCCAGAAGAAUAAAGCUACAGAGCACCAUCUGGGUCUUCUAAAGGGUAAACUGGCGAGGUAUAGGCAGCAAUUGUUGGAAGAGAAUGCUUCCUCGUCUGGAGGAGGUGGCACUGGAUUUGAAGUUUCGAAGUCAGGUGAUGCUCGUGUGGUACUUAUCGGAUAUCCCUCUGUGGGUAAGUCAUCGUUGUUGAGUAAGGUGACAAGUACGAAAUCAGAGGUUGCAAAUUAUGCAUUCACGACGUUAACCUCAGUACCUGGAGUGUUAAAGUAUGAAGGAGCAGAAAUACAAAUUGUUGAUUUACCAGGUAUUAUACAUGGUGCCUCGAAAGGUAAAGGUCGUGGUAAACAGGUAAUUGCAACUGCACGUACUGCAGACUUAAUAGUAAUGGUUUUGGAUGCUACCAAGAGUAACCAUCAGAGAGAAUCUUUGGAAAAAGAGUUAGAGUCAAUGGGUAUACGUUUGAAUAAGGACAAGCCUAACAUUUAUUUUAAAAAGAAGGAGACAGGAGGUAUCAAAAUUACGUUCACAUCUCUAGUGAGAUCCAAUCUGACUGAGGAUACCAUCAGGCUUAUCUUAAGGGAUUAUCGUAUUCAUAAUGCUGAAGUUCUCGUUAGAGAUAGCGCAUGUACUGUUGAUGACUUUAUUGAUGUCCUUAAUGAGCAACACAGGAAUUACAUUAAAUGCUUAUAUGUUUAUAACAAGAUUGAUGCAGUAUCUUUGGAGGAAGUAGACAGACUUGCUCGCGAACCUAAUACUGUGGUGAUUUCGUGUGAGAUGGAUCUAGGCUUGCUGGACGUUGUAGAGGAAAUAUGGUACCAAUUGAACUUGAACAGAGUUUUUACGAAGAAACGUGGUAUAAAACCGGACUUUACAGACCCGUUAGUCGUAAGGAACGGUUCUACAAUUAAUGAUUUGUGUCAUCAGAUUCACAGAGAUUUUAAAGAAAAGUUUAAAUACGCUCUGGUUUGGGGCUCCUCCGCAAAGCAUUCCCCACAAAAGUGUGGUUUAAACCAUAAGAUACAUGAUGAAGACGUCAUUUGCUUAUUUACCAAAUAG